AUGGCCGAAAAAAGAGAACGGACGAAUCCCUGGGAGGACCACCACCAGCACCCGCCGCACACGACGCCGCAACGCCGCAAAUAUGAGCAGACGCAGCACGCGACGACGAGGACCGACGCCGAGGAGGCACAAGGACAUACACUAUUGAGAGACUGGCCAGGUUUGCUAACGAAAUGGCGUAUUGGAAAGUGGUCGCGACUAUUAAGCCCCUUGUCGGCUGGGUCGUCUCGCCAGGACCAGGCCAAAGACCCUGCAAAACGACUUCAUCGCUUUGAAAAGGAAUACGGGACUCUACUGGCCACAUGGCGAAGCUCGUCCAACCUCGUCCGCGACAGCGACGCGGCCGAAACGCUCGAGAUCCGGCUGCAGGAGCUGACCAAUAUUCUGAGCGACGAGUCGCGGCGGCCGCUGCCGCACCCGUGCAUCCAAUACGCGGCGAUGCGUCAGAUUUACGUGCCCGUGGGCAAGAUUGCGACGACAUCUUACAACGAGUGGAUCAUCAAAGAGGCCGUCCUCUUCUUCGCGACGCUCAUUGAGAGCGAGGAGGAGGCCUUCGUCGAGAACCCAGCCUUUUCCGCGAGCCUGACAAACCUGCUUGUGCGCAUUACGGGCGUCAACAGCGUGCGCCUUGGGCUAGACACCGAGUCGCGUGUCGUCGAGCUCGCCUUCAACAUCACUACCAAGAUUCGCCUCGACCCGGACAUCUUGCCCGCAUGGUUCAAGUCCGGUCAGGCCGCGGCGCAGUUUGCCAGCGAGCGUGGUCAGGACGUGCAGGACCGCUUCGCCGGCCGCUCGCAGCGCGCCGACUUCCCGCUCUUUUACAUCCUCAUGGACUAUAUCCACCACGAGGGCAAGGUGGGCGACUUUGCGCGGACGGGGUUGUUGUACAUUAUCGAAGCAGCGUCCAACUCGGCCGCGCUGGAGCAGUGGAUCGUCGAGAGCGACUUGUCGACGCUCAUGGCCACGGGCCUCGGCGCGCUGUACAGCCAGCUGAGCCGCAAGCUCGUCAUUGACCAUCUCCCGCACGACCUGCCCCCGAUCCUGGCGCUGUCCGACUACGAGCACCCGACGUCCAACUACGAGAUUGUGAGCUCGUGUGCGCCCGAGUUCCAGUCCCACCUCGAGACGUUUUUGUCUCAUCUCCUGUUCUGGCAAGAUGUUUUGAACCACUGUAGGUCGGUGGAGGUCAAGUCUACGCUCCUCGAGCACUUUCAAGUCAUUUUCCUGCAACAACUAUUAUACCCAUCGCUUCUCGAAUCCUCAGACAUUGACGGCGGCUCGUCGGUUGCUGUGCUGACGUAUCUGCGCCGCAUCCUCGAGUCGCUCGACCACCCCGACAUGAUCAACCUCAUCCUCCACUACCUCCUGGCACUGCCCGAAGGCAACAGCGGCUCAUCUAGGAGCACGCCGCUGGGGCCCAAGGUGAGCGCCGCGCGACGCCGCAAGUCGAUGGAUCUGGCCACCAUGAUGGCCUCCAAGACGGACCUGACGGUGACGCCGAUCCUUUUCAACCUGGUCGACCUCAUCCUCGCGUGCCUACGCUCGCGCAACCAGCAGACCAUUCACGUCACGCUGCAGCUCGUGUCGGCCAUUCUCAAGCGGCAUCACCGCUACGCCAUCAUAACCCUCCUCAAGACCGAGGUGCUGCCCAACCGCACAGUGAACCGCACCGUCGGCGCGCACGAGCAGGAGAUUGAGUAUCUCAUGGAGUUAGCCAGUGCUAUUGGCGGAUACGGCAACUUUGACGACACGUACGAGAAUGUCCUGCGCGACACCAUGGUACGCCUCGAGAGCCACCCGUGCUCGCUCAAGCUCGUCGCGCCCAAGAUCUCGACAAAUAACCACAGGCUGCCGGCCAUACCGGAUAGUCUGCCCGGCGCGCCCCGCGAUGUCCGCGAGCACACGCUGCGCAUGGACGAUCCACUACUUAAUUCGAUCCUAGAUCUACUGGACGGCUUCUUUAUGAACCCCGUCGAGACAAACCUUUCCGUCACCGAGACAAUUGUUGACCUGGCCGUCUGCGGAUACAUGAGCAUCGAAGGCUGGCUGGCACGAAGUCCCUCAACAUACGACUAUGGCGACGAAGAUGAAGAGGCUGGCAACACCACCGUCGGCUUCCCAUCCACAACCGCAAGCGAGGUCGGAGCGCAUCGCGAAGUCUCGGGAGAGCUCGACACGCAAAAUAACCCCAGCGCUGCCGACUCCUCGGAGGAGACCAAGCUGCUCAAGACCAUGGAGCGGUGCCGCCAGCGCCCAGUCUGGAAUACCGAGUCCCUGCCACGCAUUCUCAACAUGCUCAAGCGGCUGUGCGACCAGGUCAGCAACUACAAGUCGAGCAUCCCGCGCUUUAACGAGCUGCUACAGCAGCGCCGUGACGCGUUCCAAACCGCCGACUCCAUCCUGGACAACCCGGCGCCGCCACCGGCGUCGUCUGUGCCUCCCCCACCAAUCCGCAAAGGCUCGCCCGUCCCGGCGACGCCUGACCGUCCUGGCAGCUUGGACGAAAUCGUUCGCACCGGCUCACCAGCAAAGCCCUCUACAUUUGAAGGGCUCGCGCAGCGGCUACUCUCGGAGCUGGGUACGCCAAGCCGUUCAGCCAGUCCGCGUGCCGCCACCAAAAAAGACCAUCCAACCCGCGGAACGCCCUCUGGUGCUAGCACGCCCGUGAGUGGCGAUCAACUCGCCGUCCCGCGCGCCGUACGCCCACCAUCAAAAGACUACCCGUCGCCGUACGCAGCGGGUGGCGGCGACGGCGGCGACGGCAGCAUCUCGCCCAGCAACGGGGGCAUUGGCGCGCGCACGCCACUCGCCUACCGCGAGGGCAUCAGCGCCAGCCAGACGGCCGAGUACGCAGCCAUGGACCAGAGCAUCCUGGCCAAGCGCGUCGGCCUGCCGCCCGAGCCGUCUGUCAAACCGAUCCCACUGGAUCUGACGUAUCGCCCACCGCCCGAGUCGAACUCGGACGAUGAAGAGGAUGACGACGACGACGGUGGCCGCUUUGGAGAUGAAGAUGAUAAUGCGGUGAUUGCGCCGGAUGAGUCGGAGACUGGCAGCGUGCUUGACGAAGGCGCGCAUGCCCACGUCUCGGUGUCGCAUGUGCUGACGAAUGUCAUUGUCUUUCAGAGUUUCUUGAUGGAGCUGGCCAGUCUGAUGCAGGUCCGCGCAGGCUUGUUUGACGAGGUGCGGUUUGUAUAG